AUGGCUCACCAGAAGAAGAGCACGCCUUCCCAAGUCCAAAGCUGCUCGAAGGACGGCCCCAUGGAGACCCCUGUGGUCAACGGACCCAACAUGGACUCUCUGGGAUUCCUGGCUAUGGAUAGCAACGUCCCUGGCCUGUCGCAAGUCAUCCUUCAAAAGCUCAACAUGAAGAGCUACGAUGAAUACAGGUCUGCGAUGGAAGGCAAGAAACGGAGCGUGGACUUCGGCAUCCGGUCGUAUUUUGAGAUGUUUCAGAAAAUGGAGGACACGUUCAAAUUCUGCGUCGAGUGCAAGAAACUUCCCGAAUCGCUGCCCAAUCCCAAAAGCCUGCGGAGGUGCAAAAGGUGCCAAAACGUCUAUUACUGUGGCUCAGAGUGCCAACGGGCCAACUGGCCCGUCCACAAGAAGUUCUGCAAGAAGCUGAAGCUGGUGGCCCUGGACCGGCUGAUGGAGUGGCUCGUGUUCACAGGUGACAUCCCUUUCCCCACGACAUGCUGGACGAAACACAUCCAGGAAGUAAGAGGCUGGGAGGACUGGUUCUCCAUGCAAGAAGAUCUGGACGAAAAGCUCAGCUCCAUACUGACUAGCCAUUACAUGAACAUCCUCUGGGCCAACGCCGGGAAGCCAAAACCAGAUGAGGGGGAACUGGUGGAGUCCGUCAAGAGGGUGACCGCAGACUUUGUGUCCAGGCCAGCCACCAUCGGCCUAGGGCUGCGAGCAUUUCAGAUUGACCCCUACGCUAAGCCGAUAGUUGUGCACGUGAUUGGAGCUUCCCACGUGGAGACCCUCAAUGCCCGGGUAACGGAUUACGACGAGCUGUCCCGCAUGUUUCCUAAACACCAGGGCAUCGAGGUGGUGAUGGUAGGAGUCGACGUGGUUGACGGGCCCAUCAUGAGACCUCCGUUGGUGGCCUUUGGGCCUCGGGAGAGGGUCUACCUCAGCAGCUACAAAGGCCUUUAUCACGACUUCUGGGAAUUGCAAGUGGAGACUCAGCAGGCUGCUCGGCCUGACCUCGUGGUAGGCUUCCAUCCAGGUUUCCACGCCUGCCCUGAUCUAAUGGAGAGCUGGCUUCCAACCUUGUUGCUCCUCAGAGAUUACAAGAUACCCUCACUCUUCACUGUUUACAGCGAGCAAGAGCUGAAGCAUUCCCUGAAGAUCUCGAUGGGGCUGGAGAUGCAGAUCACGGGCUGUGGGGCCAACCCCUUUGCCUCCCUCAAGCCGGAGCAGGCCUACUCCAACCCAAACAAGCUCCCCGUCUUCUGUAACUCCCACUAUUUCGUGUUCCGCGGAUUGUCCGGCUCUCCAGGUGAGCCAGACGCAGGAGAGCUGGAAGGGGACAAGGGCGAGAACGAUUAG